AUGCAUUUCCUCCUUGUUUAUUAUAAUUUUAGCUGUUAUCCAACCAGUUCCCGUCAUCCAUCAGCAUCUGGUUCAGGUUCCUACUACUAUUCACGUGGCGGAGGUUCGUUAUCUUCGAAUGCACCAUCGCCAACGGUAUUGUCAUAUAAUCGCGUUCCACCGCAUUCAUACAACGGUGUGAUCGAAAACUCAACAAUGAGUCUACAUGGUACUACUCGUCAUCCAAGCAUUGUGGAAAAUGACACGCCAUCAUAUUGGGUUGAACACUUAGCAACAUUUGCUGUUGGUCGAGAAUUUGGUUUGCAGCAUCCAGAAGAUGGAGUUAGAAAGCUUAAGCAGCUUGAAAAUAAUAGCGCCAUAUGGGCGCAACCAAUGGUACUCAGAUUACGACCUACCAUUGUCUCGGUUGAAGAUGAAAAUGGGGAUCUUGUGGAACAGUUUCCUAUGGAACUUAUAACAAAUCCGACUGCUCAUUUGUCAACAAAUCCUCGCGAUGUCUACAACAAUAUAUUAUUAUUUAUCGUAAAAGAAGAUAAAAAACGUGGUAGAAGUUUGAAUCCAACAGAAAUGCAUAUUUUUCAAUGCAAUCGUGUUUCGGCGAACGAUGUUGCAGACGACAUAAAAGCAUUUUUGUCAGGACAUUAUAAAAAAGUACGAACAGGUCGUCGUGACACAGGUUUUAUGAUAGGUUAUCAAACACCGUACAUGAUGGGGCCGCCUCCUCGGGGUUACCGUGACGAUACUUCAGCCAGUUCUGAUAGUAGUGAAUCAUUUGAAAGGGAUGUGAAUACUUUGAAUCGAUGUUUUGAUGAUAUCGAACGAUUUGUUGCCCGUAUACAAUCAGCUGCGAUUGCUCAACGCGAACUGGAAGCUCAAGCGUACCGACAACGUAUUCAUCGGAAACAGAAUUCACGUACACCUGUUGAUCCACAAAGUGGUAUCUUACAAAUGCGUGCACAACUUCCUGCGCAAUUUGAAUUUGUUGAUAUUUUACAAAAAUUCAAGCUAUCAUUCAAUUUAUUGUCUAAACUUAAAAAUCACAUUCAUGAGCCCAAUGCACCAGAAUUACUGCAUUUUUUGUUCACUCCACUCACAAUUAUUCUUGAUGCGUGUCGCUGGGGCUUAGGACGAAAUAUUGCUCCUCAGGUUGUAUCUCCAUUACUUUCUCGAGAAACUCGAGAAUUAUUGCAAAAUUGUUUAACCAGCAGAGAAUCUGAUGUAUGGAUGGCGUUGGGGGAAGCAUGGAGAAUAGCACCAGAAGAUUGGAUUGGACCAUUACCCAAGCCAUACAGACCUGUAUUCCUAGAUGGUUUUGCACCUUAUGGUUUUCCGGACAAUAAUGGAGUUAGCCCACAAAGUCCUGCUCGAUAUCAGCCAGUACCACAACCAAUUCAUCGGGGGGUUAGUGCACCACCACCACCCACCCAAAAUUCUUAUGCACACCGACCACCUGCCAGAGAUCACUCUGUUGACAAUCUUAAUAUGGAUCUUAGUCAAAUGACACUUCAAAAAGAACGUCUAGAUUUUGAAAGGGAAAAAAUUGCCGAGCGUGAACGACGGCUAAUUGAAGAUGAGCGCAGAAUUUUACAAGAAAAGCAACGUUUGGCUGCUGAAAAAGAAAUGAUUGCACAAGAAGCCGAACAACGAUCAGUGGGUAGCAGUUAUACUACAAGACAGAAUGAAGCAUCACGGCAGCCAUCACCUGUUGUUUCUCGACGUCCCAUUUAUCAUUCUCAGUAUAAUGAUGGUGAACAUCAGCGAUUAACUUCGUCAUCUUUACUUGUACAACAAGAUCAAAGUCCAAGACAGCGAGCAUUUUUAGAUGAUAUUUUUGCUCGACGUGCUAAACUUGUUCAGGUUACUCAUAAUCGAGUGGCACAAAAUCCAAAAGAAUUAACUGUUAGUCAGGGGGAAUUCCUCGAAGUUUUAAAUGAUAAUAAAAAUUGGUGGGAAUGUCGGAAUGUUCAUCAUCGAAUUGGUUACGUACCACACACUAUAUUGUCAGUCGUUAGUGCUGAUCGUGGUUCACCUCAAUCAUUACCAUCUCAGGACCCAACUCUUCACGUAGGCAAUGUAUUAUCACAUCGUGGAGUACCUUCUUCCUUAAGUCCUCGACCGGGUAUGAUGAGUGACGAUACCCCGGAAUAUAUCAAACAACGCCAAGGCAAGCGAGGAGAAUUUAGAUAUUUUUAG